ACAUCCUUGAAAAAUAAGCAAAAGUGUAUGCGUUCACGAAAAACGGAAGAACGCCGGUGUGUAAAACCGACACAAUUUUAUUUAAGAGAAAGAUAACUACAAGACAUGGUAAAUGUGACAAAAGGUAUUUUAGUCGAAUGUGAUGCGGCUAUGAAACAGUUUCUCCUACAUCUGGAUGAAACGUCUGCUCUAGGAAGAAAAUUCAUAAUUCAAGAUUUGGACGAGAAACAUUUGUUCAUAUCUGCCGAUAUAUUGGAAACUUUACAAGCAAAAGUGGAUGAUUUAAUGGAUCAAAUAUCAUUUCCAUUAGCGGAAAAGGGUAUAUAAAAAGGAAGAAACAAUUUUUUUUAAGA